GGACGCCGGCCUUGGCGCGAGGACGAAGGAAGAGAGUGCCGCGCAGUGCGCAGUUCAACCACUUCAACUGCACGAGGCAGAUGCGAGAUUGCACUUGUGUCACGAACUAUUAUCAAGUUCGGCCAAGCUCCGUUCAUGGACUGAUUGAUGACUAGAGACAGUUCGUUCGAUGCAUUUCGCACGACCUUCUGCUUCAGGAUUGCCACCCGCCGCUGCGUACGGAGGACAUGCACACGUGUUGGCUCGGCUCGCCGACGACAGAUAUACGUACAGGCUAAUUAUCAGCAGCAAGCUUCAGAUAAUGCACGCGCGCGUGGCCAGAGAUUCCCAUUGUCGAGUGCUCAAAGUUCCUCGCCAAGGCCUAGACCCUGGCCCAGCAUGCAUGCUGCCAUGCAGGCAAGGUCGCAUCAACGCAGGGUAGAAAGCAUUUCGCCUCCCAUUUUGCUGCGCACACUUUCUCUUCAUGGACUAUCAUCGCUCGUGCAAUUGGCACGCUGUUGCCGAAGCGUGCCGCACUUUCUGCAAUGCGUGCCGCCACAGAGUGAUAAAAGUGUCACCGUCGAGCGUCGACUGGAUUCGUCCGGUUCUCUGAGGCAGCCGACUCCACCUGCCAAGCGGCACGGGAGUGAUGUUGAACGUCUUGGUCUUUGGGCGUCUUCCCCUUUGCUGCUUCCCCUCACUUCGCCCUUGCAUUUUGGAACGCGGCAUCUGCCUCAGGUACUGGAGUCAUCGGCAGGUGAAGGUUGUAGGUCAUGUGAUUCGCGACUUUCCCAUCUGCCAUAACAGUGACAGCACAGGCUUCGCCCGUGCCUGAAGAAAUGGCAGUGUAGUCUGAGCUGAGCAUUGAGAGUUGGGAGCUUU